AUGGCUACAAUGAAACAAGUGCUAGGUUUCCCCAGUGCGGAAGUCAAGUGCGAGAUCGAGUCCGCACCCAUUCCUGAGCCAAAAGACAAACAAGUCCUGAUUAAGGUUGUUGUUUCUGGAUCUAACCCAAAAGAUUGGAAAGUACCAACUUGGGCUGCUGAGUACAAUGGACCUGAUAAUGACUCCUGGCAAACUAAGGCGAAAAGUGGCAUGAACCAUGGCGAUGAUAUUGCAGGUGUGGUGGAGAAGGUUGGAAAAGAUGUGAUUGCAUUCAAGAAAGGAGAUCGUGUGGGAGCCUUUCAUGAGAUGCAAGCUCCUGGCGGCUCAUACGCUGAAUACGGAUUGGCAUGGGAACACACCACGUUCCACCUUCCUGCCUCGACAUCCUUCGAAGAAGCUGCAACGAUUCCUCUGGCAGCAUUAACAGCAGCUGUCGCUGUAUUCAAGAACUUAAAGCUUCCCACCCCCUGGCUACCCGCAACAGAGUCUACACCAUUCAUCGUAUAUGGUGCCAGCUCAUCUGUAGGAUCCUAUGCCAUUAAGCUCGCACGAAACAGCAAUAUCCAUCCUAUCAUUGCGGUUGCGGGCAAGGGCACACCCCACGUUGAAUCCCUGCUUGAUCGCAGCAAAGGUGACGCAGUAUUCGACUAUCGCAAAGGUACUGAGGAGACUAUAAAAGGUAUUCGCGCUCACCUCAAAUCUGGAAAAUACGGCGAGGUAAGACACGGCCUUGAUCCAGGAAUCGGAGAGCCGAGUAAGCAGGUUCUCACAGAGAUCGUUGUGUCUGAUGGAGCGAUCAAUCUUGUCUUGCCGAGUGACUGGGACACGGGAAAAAUAGCAAAGACCAAGACAACUGUCGGCUCAGUUCAUACUGUGGACAAUAGCGGGUCUGGCGACAAUCAUAACCUGGGCUUGGUGACUUGUCGAUGGUUUACGGAGGCAUUGGAGAAAGGAACCUUCACCGCACAUCCAUAUGAGGUGCGACCCGGAGGACUGGAAGCCGUUCAGCAAGCUUUGCAAGAUUUGAAGGAUGAAAUAAACACAAGCCUCUCACAACAUCAAGAUGUUCAUGCAUCUCUAUCCACAGCAUGUCGCACCGGUGACAUCCAAACACUCAAAGAUAUUCUGGAAGAUGAAGAAACAGGACUCUCACUCUCAUCCGUGGUAAAGUUAGACAUUAAGAUCCGCGAUCUCAUCCGAGAUGCAGUCAAAGCGUCACAACUUGAAGUCCUGAGAUUUCUAAGACCGUUGUAUCCAAAGGAGUUUGACCGCCAUUUGCGAAUGAAUGCGAUUGCUACCAGAUCAGUUGAUGUAGUCUUAGAGCUUGCGGACCAUGAUCCAGGGUUCAUUACGAAGUCGUUUGGGAUUUAUGGGUGUCCAUUGAGGAGCGCGGUUAGUGUUCCUGAACCCAAAGAUUUGGCUUUUAUACGGUUCUUGCUUGAGCGAGGUGCUGAUCCGAAUGAUGGGUUAUACGGUGGGAUGACGCCGCUAAGAGAGGCUGCUGCGGGAGGUGAGGUUGAGGUGUUGAGGUUGCUUGUUGAUUAUGGAGCGGUAAUGGAGGGCUCAGGUGCGAUGAGAAGGGCUGUGUUGGGGAAGAGGAAAGAGGCUGUGGAGUUUUUGUUGGAGAGGGGAUGUAGUCCUGAUGAUUUGACAAUAAGACUCAAUGAUCGUUAUCGAGAAACUGCGCUUUUGAUGGCGGUAAGGAGGGAAAGGUAUGAUGAUGUUGUUAAGUUGUUGAUAGGUGGUGCUGCGAAUGUUCAUGUGAAAGAUCAGGAAGGGAGAUCAGUGGUGGAGAUCGUUCAGCUUGCGGGGAAUGUUAAGAUUGUGGAGUUGUUGAGGGAGGCUUUGAGAAAGGAGAGGGAAGUGAAUGAGGAUUGA